GGGAGUGCUUCUAUGGUCGGGCGCGGAGCAGGCUGUGUCUUUAAAGAUGGCGGACGGAGAGAAGACCCACCACAGCUCCGAAGCCGGCUGCUUGGAAUCAGGGGAGCCUCCCGUCAAACGCCAGAAGUUCGAAUGGACUUUAAAAGAACGGCCUGACGUCUCGCUGAACGAAGUUGAGGACGAAGAAGAAGGCGCCCAGCUGGUUGGCCCGCGGCCGAAGGAAUUGGCGGUGGGACAGGCCUCGGCAGCGUCGGGCGGAGACAAUGGACUGCGGGACCUGGGGCUGCAGAGGGGGGAGGAGAUAGAAAAGGAGGAGGAUCGUGCGAGUGAAGCCGGCGCUGCAGAGCAUGCAGAUAUCUUUAAUCAGAAUGAAGAUAUUAUUCUAAAUGGAUUUUAUGUAAAUAGCUGUGAUGAUGAUGAUCAAUCCUCACAUGCAAGUUCUAGUGACUGGACCCCACAACCUCAGAUAGGGUCAUAUAGUUUUAUUCAGCAACAUAUUAUGAGGGAAACUGAUCCUCGAACUAUUUUGAAAGACCUUCUCCCAGGAACUGUUCUACCACCUGACCUAGAUGAUAUGACUCUCUGGCAGAUUGUUAUAAACAUAUCCGAACCUCCUAAAAGAAAAAAACGCAAAGAUAUUAACACUAUAGAAGAUGUUUGUAGGUUGCUUCAAGAAUGUAAAAAAAUUAUAGUUUUGACAGGAGCUGGGGUGUCAGUUUCUUGUGGAAUACCUGAUUUUAGAUCCAGGGAUGGCAUUUAUGCCCGUCUUGCAAUAGACUUCCCUGAUCUUCCAGAUCCUCAAGCAAUGUUCGAUAUUGACUAUUUUAGAAGAGAUCCUCGACCAUUUUUUAAAUUUGCCAAGGAAAUCUAUCCAGGACAAUUUCAACCCUCCCCUUGUCACAAAUUUAUCUCAAUGUUAGACAAACAGGGAAAACUUCUUCGGAAUUACACACAGAACAUUGACACAUUGGAGCAAGUAGCUGGAGUCCAGAAAAUCAUUCAGUGCCAUGGCUCUUUUGCAACAGCAUCCUGCCUUCUAUGUAAAUAUAAAGUUGAUUGUGAAGCUAUUAGAGAAGAUAUUUUCAAUCAGGUUGUUCCCCGCUGUCCUAAGUGUUCACCUGAUCUUCCACUCGCCAUAAUGAAGCCAGACAUUGUUUUUUUUGGUGAGAACUUGCCAGAACAAUUUCACAGGAGUAUGAAGCAUGAUAAAGAUGAGGUUGAUCUAUUAAUUGUUAUUGGAUCGUCCUUAAAAGUACGGCCUGUGGCUCUUAUUCCAAGUUCAAUCCCUCAUGAAGUGCCUCAGAUUCUUAUAAACCGAGAACAGUUGCCACAUCUCAAUUUUGAUGUAGAGCUGCUUGGGGACUGUGAUGUCAUUAUCAAUGAGUUAUGCCAUAGGUUGGGUGGAGAAUAUGAACAACUUUGCUAUAAUCCUUUAAGACUCUCUGAAAUUUCAGAGAAACCCCCACAUACAAUCAAGGAAUCUGAACUGCAGUUCUCGGACUUGCCACCCACACCACUCAAUUUUACAGAAGAUUCUAGUUCUUGGGAGCAUGCAAGUGAACAAAAUCAUUCAUCUAAACCAGUUUUGGAAAACGAGAAUAGUCUUUUACCAAGCCAGCUGGAAUCUGGAGCUGGCACACUUCCUUUAAGCACUACAGAACAUUCUCCAGUAAGCAAAUCUGAAAAUCAGGAAAAUUCUGAAAGCCAUGCAGGGGAUGAGCAGACACAGAAAAAUGAAGACUGCUCUGAACUUGCUGAAAGAAAUGUAGAAGCUGAAGUUCCACGACGCCGCUGGAUAAAUAAGUUUGCAAAAGAGCCAAUCAGCAAGCGCCUUGAUAAUUCUCAAUAUCUGUUUCAAGCACCAAAUCACUACAUUUUUCAUGGAGCCGAAGUCUAUUCAAAUUCCGAGGACGAUUCAAGUUCGUGUGUUAGCCACAGUGAAGACUCCUGUUGCAGUGUUGGAGAGGAAGUGGAGGACGAGAGCAUUGGAGACGAGUGCUCCGAUGGAGAGGACUGUAUGAGGGAUAACAAAGGAGAGUUUAAUAAAGACACAAACGAUAGAAAAGAACAGUUGAUAAACCAGAUAGACAUUAAAGCGGAGGAUAUAAACAAUGUGACGCAAAUGUGGUAAAUCCUCGUUUCUACUUUUACUUUGCUACCUAUCCACCAGCAUUAGUAAUGUCUGUAUUUCAGUGGUCUCUACUGCUGUUGAAGUACAAGAGUGUCAAUGGACUUUUCUUAUUUAAAAAGAAAAAAAAAAAAGCCGACACUCCAAUCCCUCCCCCUCCCGUCUCCACCCCCCUCAUUGCGAUUAGUUUUUUUUUUUCCCUCUCGUUUACAGAUUUUUUUUUCCCCAAGAAGGUACAGUGCAUGUAAAUUUCACGAGUUGGUUCGUUUCUAGCCCAUUUUGAUUGUAACUAUGCUGUUACACAACAGCCGUUUUAAACUUCUUACACUUAUUAAAAGGAUGAUAAAGGGAACCGCAACGGCAGACCAAAGAACAAGAAAAUUUUUCGACGACGCAAACUUCAGUUGCCAAUGCAGACACCUUUCUCGCUUCUGCUCCUUAAACCUCUACAGUUCAUUGAACGUAACACUGGCAUUCCCCCACCCAGUUCACUGGCAGCUACUUUUUAUGGUAUAAACUGGUAUUGUUAUUUUUGUAUUUUGCUACAAUGAAAAGGCAUCCUCUGCAUGAGUGAGUUACAAAUGGUGUUUUGCAGCACUUGGAUGUAAUGGGGGGGAAAAAAAAAUAUAUAUAUAUGAAGACAUUCUUCACCUUCCAGAAAGCUGCAGAGAAUUUGUGGAGUAUAUAUAUGGAAUAGCGGUUCCAGUUUUUCGUUCUGGAUACUGUCCUGUCCUGUGGAAAUGCAGUAUAUAGAAGGUUUGGCAACGCUCCUAGAGAUUUCCUUGUGAACUUCUUCUACGUCUGAACUGUAAAGUAUUUUGGAAACACGUGCCUGCUUUUUAAUAACUCUUUGUGGCUGUGAAGUGUUGUUUAGGAAUGGCCGUCACUGUGGUACAACUCAUCUUUUAGCAUUAAAGUGCGCCUUUCCCAUUAAGCAUUUACACUGCCAAAAUGUGAAUUAUGCAAGCCUUUAUACCGAAUUUAAAGAAAUACUAUAGAGAACCAUAGAAAUAGCUUUCAACAUUUUAAAAGCCAUGCACUUCUACAGCAUGAAACAUUUUAUGCUGGUCCCUCGGCCACAGAAAGAGGCUCAGGGAAAGUCAGGUGGUCUGUCUUGGGGCAGCGCCACUGAAACACUUUGCCAUGCUGUCUUGGAAAGUGAAAUAUGCUGAUGAACAGGGCACACUAUUUGUAAUGAAAUUUGGGCACAAUAUAUGUGAGACAUCAUGUUUAGUUUUGCACGUGGCUUGUGAAGGGUCAUCACAUCGUCAGUUUGAAAACAAAUGGAGCUUUUUUUAAGACUUGAGUGCAUCUACCUAACAGUUUAGUGUAUAAGCUGGUUAAAAAAAAAAAAAAAAGAUUUCUACACCAGCAUGAACUACUUUAUACUGGGACGUCCAGUAGUUUUAUUGAUGUGUGGAGUUAAAAUGAGUAAAACCAGGACACCCCAUCAGCGGUCCAAACUGGCCACCAGUGCUGAGCUUGGAGGUGUCUCUUGGGGGUUCAUCUGUCAACAGGUUUAUUAUUUGAUUUCCUGCUUCCUUUUUAACGUAUUAAAGUGCAGUCCAAACAGAAACUACUUGCAUGAUAGGUUAGCUUUUGUUUAACUGCUAAAGAUUACAAUCUUUAAAUUAUUUUCACAAGUUUUUAAACACAAUGUCUUGUGUAGUCUAAUGGUAUACAAUUUAUUUACCAUUGGGGGGGGGGGAAUGGAAAUCGAGACAUUUUGGCCGAUUUUGAGAAGCAAUGUUUUGUACUUUUUUUGUGUUAUUUAAAGAAAAAAAAAAUAUAUUAUAUAUACACACACUGUCUUGAGCAGUGGAAAAAAAUCCUUCACGGCAAAUUUCGGUCCUGCAUUUUUGUUUCCCUAGAUUUAGUUAACCUACUGAUGUGUCCCGUCUUGGUCAGGUUCAAAACCCUUUUUGUCUUUUCUUGCUUUAUAUAAAUCCAUAUAACAAAAAGAUGUAUUUGUAAUAUAAUGCAAUAAACAGUCUUGACAUGUAUCCUUUUUAACAGGAAUACUUAAGAGUGUGUUUUUUAACAGAAGACAAAAAUGCUAAUGUAACACGUUCUAUUUUUCUGUCAAAUUUACAACUUUAAUGUACUUUUGUUUUUGAAGGAGUUCAUGGUUCAAAUAUGUCACAAGAAUAAAAUCUCGUGUCCAGUC